UGUGUCCCUCUCCUCCUCUCUGUCAGCUCGGUUAGUAGUUUAGCAGGCUAGUACGGAGAGACGAGGGCUGCUCCCUUUCGCCCCUGCUCAGUCUGCUCAGCACACCAAACACCAUACAUUCCGCACCAUGGCUGCCACGGACGUUGACGUGUUUUCGAAUGAAGAGAAGCGUAACCUGAGUUUAGGUGGCCAUGUUGGAUUUGACAGCCUCCCUGACCAGCUGGUCAGUAAAUCGGUCACACAGGGAUUUUGUUUUAACAUCCUCUGUGUAGGGGAGACUGGGAUUGGCAAGUCCACGUUAAUGAACACGCUCUUCAACACCAUGUUUGAGAAUGAAGAGGCGAGCCAUUACCAGAACGGUGUGUACCUGCGGCCGCGGACGUACGACCUGCAGGAAAGCAACGUCCACCUCAAACUGACGAUCGUCGACACAGUUGGGUUCGGUGAUCAGAUCAACAAAGAAGACAGUUACAAGCCCAUUGUUGACUACAUCGACACUCAGUUCGAAAACUAUCUGCAGGAAGAGCUGAAAAUCAAGCGCUCGCUGUUUAACUACCAUGACACCAGGAUCCACAUCUGCCUUUACUUCAUCGCCCCGACCGGACACUCACUGAAGUCUCUGGACCUCGUCACAAUGAAAAAACUGGACAGCAAGGUCAACAUCAUCCCCAUCAUUGCCAAAGCGGACACAAUCUCCAAGAGCGAGCUUCAUAAGUUCAAAAUAAAGAUAAUGAGCGAGCUGGUGAGCAAUGGUGUCCAGAUAUAUCAGUUUCCGACAGACGAUGAAGCAGUCAGUGAGAUCAACGCCUCCAUGAAUGCCCAUCUGCCGUUUGCUGUGGUGGGAAGCGUGGAAGAAGUCAAAGUGGGGAACAAAACAGUCAGGGCCAGACAGUACCCCUGGGGUGUCGUACAAGUGGAGAAUGAGAGCCACUGUGAUUUCGUAAAACUCAGAGAAAUGCUCAUCAGGGUAAACAUGGAGGAUCUGAGGGAGCAGACCCACGCCCGCCACUACGAGUUGUAUCGACGCUGUAAGCUGGAGGAGAUGGGCUUCAAAGAUACAGACCCCGACAGCCAGCCGUUCAGUCUUCAAGAGACAUAUGAAGCCAAGAGGAAAGAGUUCUUGGGCGACCUGCAGCGUAAAGAGGAAGAAAUGCGACAGAUGUUUGUCAACAAAGUAAAAGAGACAGAAGCAGAGUUGAAAGAAAAGGAGAGAGAGCUGCACGACAAGUUCGAGCAGCUGAAGCGGAUGCACCAGGAGGAAAAGAGGAAGGUGGAGGAGAAGCGGAGAGAUCUGGAGGAGGAGAUGAACGCCUUUAAUAGGAAGAAGGUGGCGGCAGAGACGCUCUCCUUAUCUCAGCCCCUCAAGAAAGAGAAGGACAAGAAAAAUUAAUUUAUGGGCGCUGUAUAUCCUCCCACACACGACCAUGGAUUUGUCCUCCAUCACCAUAGCAACAACACCUGUUAUUUUUAUUUGUUUGUUUAUUUGUUUGUUUGUUUUAUUUUGACAUUCCAUCUUGACAUUGUGCACAUGGACCAAAGACACUGAGGAUGAUGAUGAUGAUGCUCAUGAAGCCACAUGGGAGAAAAGUGUGAAAGAGAGCAAGAGAUCCAACCAUGGCCAUCUCAUUUUUUCAGGAUCUUUCAUUUGGACACUUAUACAUAUAUAUAUAGAUAUAUAUAUAUAUGUAUAUAUAGAUAUAUAUGCAUUUUGUUUUUCUAUGUUGUGAUUUAAAGAUUUCUGUUAUUUUUGUGUUGACCUUUCUCAUUCAGACACACAAGUAGACAGUGACCUUUUGGUACGUCAGUAACACGUUGGGCACAUUUGAAACAGUUCAGUAUUUAUGUUAGGGCUGGGAAAUACAACGGACAAAUAAUCCUCAUAACACAUUUUUAUAUCAGUUUAAAGGCAGAGUUUUCUAUAAUUAAUUGUGGUUUUAAAUUGUUUAUGAAAGAACAGGGCAAAAGUGUCAAAAGAUGCAGUAACACAAAAGCGACAUAAAAUACGCUACAGACAAAAAUGAUGUAAAAGACGCAGCAAAACAAAUCUCAUAAAACAUGCAAAAAGGCAAGCGCUACAAAAGAUGUAAAGAAAGGAAAACAUUAAAAACACCACAGAAGAACAAUGUAUACGACAUUACAAGAUGAAAAUGAUGUAACAGACGCACCAAGAUAUUAUGUCGUUGAUGUCGUUUUCAUGUUUGCGGCUUUUUUAUGUCAUUUAUGACAUGAACAUGAUGUGAAAAACCUAAUAAAAGUUUUUAAAUGACAUAGAGGUGGAGAAGAAAACAUUGUUUAUGGGAUGAGACAAAAAAGAUGAGAAUGUCAUGAUGUGGCAAACUGCGUAAGACGUGAUAAGAAAACGUUAAAGGCACAGACAAAAUGAAAAAGAGCAAAUGAAACUUAAACAAUAUCAAACCUAAUGAGAGGAAAACAGUUAAGACAUUGCAACUGGAUGUUACAUCUGUAAUGUCAUUUCCAUGUUGUCACUUACAUCAUCUAUGAGACAAAAAUGAUGUAAAAGACACAACAAAAUAAAAAAGCAUGAAAGAUUUAAUAAACCAGAAAUUGUGUAAAACAUGCAAGAAGGCAAAACUACAUAAAAUGUAAUUUGACAAAAACGUAAAAGGAACAAGAAGUUGUUAAAUUGUUUGUAUUGUUUCCAUGUUGUUGCUUUUACAUUAUUUACAAGAUGAAAAUGACAUAAAAGAUGAAACAAUGAAAAUUACAUAAUUUGUAACAAGAAGAAAAGACAUUGAAAAACAAAAAAAGUUGCUGACAUGACAAAAAUUUACAUGAGCGACAAUAAGAAAACGUAAAAGACACUAAAAAGACACGAUAAGAUAUUAGAUCUUUGACGCCAUUUCCCUGAUGUUGCAGCUUUAGUGUCAUUUACGAGACGAAAAGGACCAAAGAUGUAACAAAACCACAACUGUAGUCUGUGAUUUUGGGAUUUAACCCUUAUUCACCGUUUAUUGAACACAGUGCGAAUGAGGUAAAAGCCUGUUACUUAUGGUUUUGGAUUGAUCUUUAGAUUGAUAGAUAUACUUUAUUGAUCCCAAACUGGGAAAUUUUAUGUUCAGAUCACGAGAAACAGGUGCCAAACAGCGGAACGUGUCAGAAAUGUAGAGGAUUCAGUUGUAAAAUUUACAUUUCCUAAGUGUUAUAGCAGAGAAUUCAAACAGAAUAUGACAUGUCAUUAGUAUAGAAUUAUUUUAUCUCCCAGCCCUAAUAUAUGUAGAAAACACAGCUUUACAGAGCGUACUGAAAUCAGGCUUACCUUUUUCUGUUUUUUUUGUUUUUUUAUCUGAACUGUUUGAAAUGUAAUCAUGAAAUGUAGAUUAAGCAGGUUACACAAUAGAUUAAACCCCUGUUCUGAAAGAGCCCAGAUAAACAACAUUAUGACAAGCAAUAAACCGAGUACCUGUAUAUUGUACAUAUUAUUGCAUAUACGUAGGUACUGACAGCCUAAAUCUAGUCUUAAGAACAUAUGCAAUAUUCUGGUGCUGUUUCAUAUUAACUCAAUAAAUGUAUGUGAAUAUUUUUUUCUGAGCUUAGCCAGCUUAAUAUGCAAAAUGUACUAGUUUUUGGAUAUUGUUGUAAGGAGCACAUAUGACGCUGUACAUUGUCCAUGAGUGAUGUAACUAUUGUAAUCCAUUAGUGAUGUGUUGUGACCGUGGACACACACAUACAUGAAGCCAGUAUGUACACAAGGAUGUUCAGGAAACCAAAAAUAGCCUCAGCUCGCUGCAGAUGAGUUUACACCCAGAGAUGGAGAAGAGAGCAGCUGUAUUUACUGUUGUGGUUGGAAAAUAAACGCAACCCCCCCUCCUUCCUCCUGCUCCUCCACCCGUCCCUCCUGACUCUGA